AUAAACAAUAGUAUAAUUAUAAUAAUAAUAUCUAUUGAAUUAAUAAUGACAGUAACAAAGAAGAAUGUUGGAGUGAUUGUAGGAAGCACAAGGACUCAUAGAGUUGGAUUGUCUGUUACCAACUGGUUCAUUGAAACUUCCAAGAUAAGAGAUCUAUUCAAUGUAGAAUUGAUAGAUCUGAAGGAAUGGAACUUACCGUUUAUGGAUGAAGAACCUCCAAUGAUGUUGAAUGGACAAUAUUCUAGUGAGAUUGGAAAGAAAUGGUCUGCAAAGAUUUCAUCGAUGGAUUGUUUCAUUGUAGUAUCACCAGAGUAUAAUAGGGGAUAUCCAGCACCUUUGAAGAAUGCUAUUGAUUAUCUAUAUUCAGAGUGGAUUGGUAAACCAUUGAUAAUAGCAACCUAUGGAUUCAGUGGUGGAAAGUCAUCAAAUGAACAAUUGUCAACUAUUCUAGGUCAACUCAAAAUGCAGUUGACUGAAACACAUCCAAUGCUAUUCCUUUCCAAGACGAUGUUUGAUGACAAAGGUGCCAUUGCCAGCUUCAAAGAGUUUGACAAACAUAUUGACGAUAUUCAGAAGGCAGUAUCAGAGUUUGCUGCUCUUAAUGUAGAUAGACCUGCUCAACCA